CUUACAGAGUCACUCAGCACUGGAUUCUUUCACAGUAGGCUUUUUUAAUAUAAAAUAUAGUAAAAGCACUGCACCGCGCAACAAAUAUUGAGGGAUUUCGCUAAUUCGAAACAUGGUGCGCGGUCCACAUGACGUCACUGUUUACGAACAGCUUCACAGGAAGUGAGACAGGCACAAAACAAACCAGCCGGAAGUACAGAUCAGCGGUUGAUAAUGAUGAUGACGGUUUUCAUAAGUUCACCAGCUGAGCGCUGAGGAGAAUUUGCAGCUAGCGAGUUUUAUUGGAAUAAUAACAAUAAUAUAGUGUUUAAAUCCGACUGAGAGAGACCGAGAGGAGAGUUUACCCGGAGUGCUGACUCGUCGGUAUAAACGUUUAGAUAUGAUAACGAUAAGACGAGGGAACCUGGUGUGUUGUUGAAGAGACGCAGGAAUCUUCACAUCUACGUUCAACAGGGACAUGAAUGACAUCGUCAGGCCGUGAUCUCUUGCUGUCUCUCUGCUUUCAGCUGCUUUAAACAGAAACAUGAGUGUGUGAGGAAGCAGGUGGAUGAGUAGAUGAUCAGGAUCAGAGUAACAAGCUCCCAGAUCUCAGAGCGAGACCGGAUGCAGGGCGGAGUGAUGUCGAGGUGACGCUGAUGAUUUCUCUUGAUUAGUCUAGUAAAAACUCGGGACAAAAACCCCCACACACACUGCCACACUUAUCAAACGACAAGUUCUUGUUUCCACCUCGGUCUAUAAACCCGCCCCAUUAGCUGUGUGUGAGCAUGGCCGAGCCUGGGGCGGACCCCCCUUCAGUUGUGCCUGAGGAAAAACAAGUGAGUAGAGACGAUGAAGAAAAUACAAGCACAGCCUACUCGGACAGCGAGGACGCCACCGCCGCCAGCAGUAGGAGUCUGUCUGAGAGGGAGGACUCGGAGAUCACGUCAUCCGUGAGCAGCGUCGUGGACGAGACUCCGUCCGUGUCAACGGGUGAACCUCAGACAUCCGUGAGAUCGGCGCUGGAUGGUGAGGAUGAGACGGAGACAGAGACGGAUCGAGCACCCUCAUGGAGCGACGAUGUGAUGAGUGUGGAGGCGGGACAGGCCACGGUGUCGACACCGCCCUCUGGACCGCUCUCAGGACCCUCGUCUGCCCCGCCCUCAGUGCAGGAGCAUUACUACGUGAAGUGGAUCACAUGGAAGGGGGAGAAGACACCAAUCAUCACGCAGAGCGAAAAUGGACCCUGUCCUCUGCUGGCCAUCAUGAACGUCCUCUUCCUCAGGUGGAAGGCAAAGUUACCGGCCCAGACUGAGGUCAUCACCAUCGAAGAGCUCAUGGCUCACCUCGGUGAGUGUGUUUUGUCGAUUAAGCCCAGAGAGAAGGCUGAGGGCAUGGAGCUCAAUUUUCAGCAGAACAUGAGCGACGCCAUGGCCGUGCUGCCGAAGUUAUCCACGGGUCUGGACGUAAACGUACGCUUCACGGGCGUGUCGGAUUUCGAGUACACGCCCGAGUGCAUCGUGUUUGAUCUCCUCAACAUCCCGCUGUAUCACGGCUGGCUGGUGGAUCCGCAGAGCCCGGAGAUGGCGUCUGCAGUGGGGAAACUGAGCUACAACCAGCUGGUGGAGAAGAUCAUCAUCUACAAACACUCGACAGACAGCAGCCAAGUCAGUGAAGGUCUGAUAGCAGAACAGUUUUUGGAGUCCACUGCCACCCAGCUUUCGUAUCACGGUCUGUGUGAGCUCAACACCACUGCCAAGGAGGGAGAGCUGUGUGUCUUCUUCAGGAACAACCACUUCAGCACUAUGAUCAAGCACAAGGAUAACCUGUACCUGCUGGUGACAGACCAGGGCUUCCUGCAGGAGGACACCAUGGUGUGGGAAAGUCUCCAUAACGUUGAAGGAGAUGGGAAUUUCUGUGACUCAGAAUUCCGACUGUGCCAUCCGUCCCAGAAGAGUGCGAGCAGGCCGACGUCGCAGCUGAACCAGAUGCAGAUUGAUCAGGACUACCUAGUAGCCAUGUCUCUACAGCAGAGUCAGGGUGAAGCUCCUGGGCCUUUGAGCGAUCUGGAGUUAGCGAGACAGUUACAGCAGGAAGAAUAUCAACAACCACAACAACCUCCACACACUUCCGGGGAACAGACGAGAGGAGGACAGACGUCUCAUCCCGGAGGACGGAGACGCCAGGGUGAGAAAAAGGACGACUCAGACUGUUCCAUCCUAUAAGUCAGGAAAAACACACGCACUUAAACACACAGACACCCAAACGUUUAUAUGCAACUCUACCAGAACACGCCGAUGCCACGAAUUAACCUGAAAAUGUCCGCGUCAUUUUAUCUCCAGGGAAUGUUUAGAUAUUUUGGUGAGCAUGGAUU